UUCCGGUGCCGGGUGAAUGGCUCUCAGGCGGGUCUGUGAGGAGUCAGUUCCAAACGCUUUCAGACCAAACGUCCUCAAAAUGUCUGUCGGAGAGGGACAGAGGAGACAUUAAUGAGCUAAAGUCCAGUUUAAGAACAACGUUUCUUUCACGGAAGCAGUAAAUAUAACGUCAUUUUGUUUUUAAAAUGAGUUGUGUUUCGCUGAAGAGGUUCUACAAGGAGCUGCCAGUGUGGGUAGUGGAGGACCACCAUGAUGUGGUGAGUCAUAUCUAUCGUGCCAUUGCAUCAAGACACCUCCCACUGAAGAACAUAAAGAUGGUUCAUUUAGACUCCCACCCUGAUCUGCUCAUCCCGGUCAACAUGGCUGCUGACACCGUCUUUGAUAAGGAGAAACUCUUCAGUGAGUUGAGUAUAGAAAACUGGAUCAUGCCCAUGGUGUAUGCCGGCCAUGUGUCCUGCGUGGCGUGGCUGCAUCCAUACUGGGCCCAGCAGAUCAGAGAGGGAGAGCACUGGAUGUCUGUGGGCAGAGACUCAUCCACAACCACCAUCAGGUAGGAAG